AUGAUUAGUACUUUGCAGUCUUCCCCAAAUACAGUAUUUGGACCACAUGAGCGAACAGUUCAUGUGAUGAUGGUAGAGAGGAUUGGGGACUGUGAGAUUCUUGCUACUUUCUUGCAGGGUUGGAAUACAGAAAGUGAACUUGUCCCCCAGAACUUUGUCCAAAAGCUGUCUGACAUUUUCAGAAACACAAAGCUGGACACUGAAUGGGAACUGUUUAAGUCCACCCAUGGAAGGAAUUAUACUAAGGAGGAGGACACAUUUAGGAGAAAAGUAUGGGAGCAAAACCUGAAGUUGAUUGAGGAGCACAAUCACCAGUAUAAGGUGGGGAAGCAGAGUUACUACCUGGAAAUGAAUGCUUUUGGGGACAAGACUGAUAAGGAAUUCAAGAUAAUGCUGAAUCCUAGCAUGUUACAGAGGGUAAGAAGAGAUACUACUACCAAGAAUUUUUCCAUUUUUUCUCACCUUCCCAAAUCAGUGGACUGGAGGGAGAAGGGUUUCAUCACUCCUGUUAGACAGCAGGGAAGGUGUGGCUCCUGCUGGGCAUUCUCAGCAACUGGAGCUGUGGAAGGCCAGCUCUUCCUGAAAACAGGCAAACUUGUGGAACUGAGUAAACAGAACUUAAUUGACUGUUCUAAAUUCCAAGGCUGUCAUGGAGGAACUGUCACUAGUGCUUUCAAAUAUAUUAAAAAAAAUGAGGGCAUUGUCUCUGAGGAGUGCUACCCUUAUGUGGCCAAGAAAAAUUCAUUGUGCUCAUACAGAAGUGAAUGUGCAGCUGUUAAAAUCAGAGAUUAUGUGGUACUCCCCUAUGGAAAUGAAGAAAUUCUGAUGGAGGCUGUGGCAAUCGUGGGACCGGUGUCUGUGUCACUGAAUGCACAGAAGUCCUUGCACUUCUACAAAGGAGGAAUUUAUGUUGAACCAAAAUGCAAACCACGUUACACAAAUCAUGCUUUACUAUUGGUUGGAUAUGGAUAUAAGGAAGGAACAAAAGAUAAAAAGAGCAGAUUGGAAGAAGAAAACCAAUAUGAAGAGACAAAAUUCUGGAUUCUUAAAAAUAGCUGGGGUGUGAACUGGGGUAAAAAAGGAUAUGUGUACAUUGCAAAAGACAAGAACAACCACUGUGGUGUUGCUACGCGUGCCAUCUAUCCUAUUCUGUAACUCAAUGGAAAGAUAAUUUUCUGUCAUUGAAGUUUGUAAUUGGUAGAAGAAAAGAAAUGCUCUUCUAUUCAUUCAUUCAGCAGUAAUAUAAAACCCCAAUACCUGGGAGCAAAUCUUGUAAUAACAAUGCACUUUCAUAACUUGGGAUAUUGUUUUGCCACAAAUGUGGGAUCUAGAUGUUAGCUGACUGUACCAAAAUU